AUGCGGCAAGUGGACGACCCCGCGGCGUCCGGCCUGCCGCCAUGGCUGGGAUCGCUGCUCGCGCUGCUCGUCGUCACGCACCUAUUCGCUCUAGUGUAUUGGCUCAGUCGGCUGACACUAGAGCGGCCAGGCGGAGCGCUGGGAGGACUUCGUUUCGUGCUCAAGCGCAGCAUAGCGCGUGUGCCGCUGGUGGGGUGGGCGCUGCAGAUGCUGCACUUUGUGUUCAUCGACCGCUGCUGGCGCACGGACGAGGCAGGCAUGGCCGCCACUCUGCAGCAGCUGGGGGCGUGUGCAGGGCAGCAGGACAGGCAGAAACAGCUAAGGAGUGGCUUCUGGCUCGCUAUCUUCCCUGAAGGCACUGACUUCACGGAGCGGAAGAGAGAUGCGUGUCAGGAGUUUGCGCGGGCGAGGGGCCUCCCAGUGCUGCAGCAUGUGCUGCUGCCUCGCACGCGUGGGACCUACUUGUGUCUGCACUCGCUGCACUCAGUGUUUGAUGCUUUGAUUGACGUGACUGUUGCGUAUGACAAGGGGAAAGGCGGCAUGCACGACUUGGUCAAGAUGGCCAUAGGGCGAGGUCCAAGAAGGGUGUUCCUGCACAUCAAGCUCCUCCCCGUGGAUGCGCCUCUAGCAUUGAGCCAGCACGCAUUCAACGAGGCCAUGUUUGACAUCUACCGUUGCAAGGAUGCUCUGCUCUCGCAUGCGUAUGCCAAGGGGAGCAUGCCCUCGUCUACACUUUGCUCCCUGCGCCCACCAACCAGACUAGGAUUUGCUUCUCUUGCUCUCAGUCUGUUGAUGACCAUGGCUGUCACUGUUUACCUAAGAAUUGGGGUAAGGCACUUGUAA